AUGCUGCAUGGUAUCUCCCUUUUACUCACCUUGCUCCUGUAUGAAAAAAUAGGUUGUUUGAAUGUGACCUACCAAAUGGAUAUAAUUUCAGACUCACAGAAAAAGCAUCUCAAGUUAUCCAUGCCUCCUCUUUCUGCUCAUGACACCAAUUCCUCCAUGUUUCUUCUAACAGGCUUUCCAGGUCUGGAAAGGGAAUAUCCCUGGCUAUCCAUCCCCUUCUUCUCCAUCUAUGCUAUGGUUCUCUCAGGGAACUGCCUGGUGCUGCACGUGAUCCGGACUGAGCCAAGCCUGCACCAGCCCAUGUUCUACUUCCUGGCCAUGCUGGCCCUCACUGACCUGUGCAUGGGACUGUCCACAGUGCACACAGUACUGGGGAUCCUGUGGGGGCUCAGCCAGGAAGUCAGCCUGGAUGCCUGCAUCGCACAGAUUUACUUCAUUCAUGGAUUAUCAUUCACAGAGUCUGGAGUCCUUCUCGCCAUGGCCUUUGAUCGUUUUACGGCAAUCUAUAAUCCUCUGAGGUACACAUCCAUAUUAACCAAUGCCAGGGUCAUCAAAAUUAUACUGGGUAUUUUAGUUAGGAGUUUCAUAUUCAUCAUUGCUCCUGCGACUCGCCUAAAGUUUUUUCACUACUGCCAUCUGCAUGUCCUCUCCCACUCUUUCUGUCUUCACCAAGACCUGCUGAGACUAGCAUGUUCUGACACCCGCUUCAACAGUUUGUAUGCCUUGGCUCUGGUGAUUUGUACACUUUUGCUUGAUUCCAUAUUAAUUCUUGUGUCCUACAUUCUGAUCCUGCACUCUGUCUUGGCUAUUGCAUCUGGAGAGGAGAUGCUCAAGCCCUUGCAGACCUGUAUCUCCCACAUCUCGGCUGUCCUGGUUUUCUAUAUUCCAGUUAUCGGUUUGACUAUGGUGCACCGCUUCGGGAAGCAUCUCUCUCCUGUGAUUCACGUUCUCAUGGGAAACAUCUACAUUAUCUUCCCACCCCUGCUGAACCCCAUCAUCUACAGUGUGAAGACCCCACAGAUUCGUGGCAGGAUUAAGAAGUGGUUCUCCAUGUAG